UCUGUAUUUAUUAUGCGUGCACACCAUGCUCUCGAUGUUACAUUUACAGCAUCAUGACAGACAGAACAACUGCUGCUAAAGUACUGUUCACAUGUGUUAAUGUCGCAGUAUUGAGUCAGCAUGGAAAUGUGUACUUUGUGUGAGUGUGUGGGUGGAGGCGGAGGUGGAGGGGGUGGGGUUGGUGUUGGUGGUGGUGUGUGUGGCGGGGGGUUGCCUGCUGUCUGGACUGUGAUGAGUCAGAUCUUUGUAUAGUGUCUGUGCAGACAGUAUGGCAUCCUUUCAUUCCUUCAGAGAGUCUGUGACAAGUGGAGAGGAAUGAUGAACUCUCUGAAGUGAUCCUUGGCUUCAACCUUUUAUGCACAUACCGGGUUUUUUUUCUUACAGUAUUUGUCAUCAUGGAUAUGCUGUUAUUCAUUCCUCCAGCCCCGUCCAUCUUUUCUUUCUCUGUUGUCAUGUCUUUCUCGGCUCUGCACAGCAGCCCAUUAACCGGCAACCUCUGAGGGAUGGAUUUAUAAUCAUACAUAAUGGAUGAAUGGUGUGCAGGCUGCAAAAAAAACAAGUGUCAGAACAGUAAUGUGCUGCUCUUGAUCAGCUUUAAUCUCCUCUCUGCCUCAGUAGUUCAACAUCAGAUAGCACUUUGGAACAGUACAGUAUGUACUUGAUUCUCUGUAUGUGACAGAACUUUCAGGGUUAAAAUGGUUUGAACACGCAGACUCCCUAACAGGGCUGUGGGAGUAUAGAGGAAGGAGUUCAACCAGAUCAAGGCUGACCGUUUCUUUCCGCCCACCUCAGCACAUGGCCACAGUUCCCAGCCAGCCUCUAAUUAAUAGCUGUCACAGCAGCCACAAUCAAUAUCACCUCAUUAGCCAUGUUUGUGUAACUCUCUCCCUUCACAAAGGGGUCAAUACACAAUCCCAGAGAUAGAAAUGCAUCGGCCAGAGUUGAAAUGGAAGCCACAAUCUAUCGAUUAGAUGAAGGCCAACCAUACAUUUGUUUCCCCCGUCGAGUGUUAUUUCCAUAAUGCUUUUGCUGUUGAUGCAUUUCAGCUACGGAAAGAUCAAUAGGAGGUAUACCGGCAGCACUAGUGUGGUCACUGCUGUUACAUCUGCUGUGGGCAUGCACGGUCAGAUUUGCCAAAUUCUCCUACCUACACAUGAAGUACCUGUUCUUUUCCUGGCUGGCGGUGUUUGUGGGGAGCUGGAUAGUGUAUGUAGAGUACUCUUCCUACACAGAGCUGUGUCGUGGGCACGACUGCAAAAAUUCAAUAUGUGACAAAUACAGGAAAGGAGUCAUUGACGGCUCAGCCUGCAGCAGCUUAUGUGAGAAAGACACGCUUUACCUGAGGAAGUGCUUCACUGCCAAGCCCAAAAGCCAGGUGUACUCUGGGACCUGGGGAGACCUGGAGGGAGUCAUUAAGUGCCAGAUGGAGGAGGCUCCUCAUUACGAUUUGGGAAGUGAGAUGGAGCCCAGGAAGGAGGCCGCGGCCUUCAACAAGCCCACCAAGGGGACCUCAGUGGAAAAAUUCAGAGAGAUGAUCCUCAACCAUCUUAAGGCUAAAGUGGGCGAUCAGGCCAACCUUGCAGAUCUGGCGACCCAAGUGUUGUCUAUAACAGAUGCCAACAAAGACGGUCACAUCUCGCUGCCCGAGGCUCGCUCCACGUGGGCUCUGCUGCAGCUCAAUGAGUUCCUGUUAGCGUUAGUCCUGCAAGACAGAGAGCACACGCCCAAGUUACUGGGCUUCUGUGGAGACCUGUACGUGAUGGAGAAGGUGCCGUAUUCUCCCCUGUACGGGAUCAGUCUACCCUGGAUCAUCGAGGUGUGGAUUCCCGCCGGUCUGCGCCGCAGCAUGGACCAAUGGUUCACCCCCUCCUGGCCGCACAAAGCCAAGAUCUCCAUCGGCCUGCUGGAACUGGUCGAGGACGUUUUCCACGGCACUUUCGGCAGCUUCCUCAUGUGCGACGUGAGCGCCACCAGUUUUGGCUACAACGAUCGCCAUGACCUGAAGGUGAUGGACGCGCGGUACAUUGUCCCUGAAGCCAUCUUCCAAGAAAUCAUUAGGCAGCAGCGCUGUGACGUGGACGAGGAUUGUCUCUACGGGGCUGACUGCCUCACUUCCUGUGACCUCACCAAGCACCGCUGCACACCCGAGGUCGCCAGGCCCAACUUAGCCAAAGCCUGCGAGGCACUCAAGGACUAUAUUCUGAGAGGCGCCCCGUCCGACGUCAGGGAGGAGCUCGAGAAGCAGCUCUACGCUUGCAUCGCACUGAAAGGUUUAACUGAACAGAUGGAGAUCGAGCACUCGCUAGUUCUGAACAAUCUCAAGACUUUGUUAUGGAAGAAAAUCUCUCAUACAAAAGACUCCUAAUAAAUAGGCAAGCGUUCAGAGAGGCACAAAGACCGAUUCCUGUCCCUUAAAGUUUUUAAAUCAAAUAUAGGACUCACUUUUCACUGUAGAAACAGAAGUAUACGAUUCCCCUUAUAUUCAUCUUGACAUGUGUAACUGAUACGUUUUGUCAAAGAAUGUCACUUUCAUAUUAAGUCAUAAGUAAACUUUAAUAAACUGGAGCCAAAUGAGCAA